CGAGGCUUUUCCAGAGAUCGUUUUUGAGCCCGAUAAAGAGAGAUCUGUGUAUUGUGAGUUCGGUAUGGUAGAACUUGUUGACUACAUCUUUAUGAGGGCCAAGCUUAUCCUUCGUCAGUUUGACUGGUUUCUGUAUAAAGUAAUCACUGUUGUGAAGGUCGAUCGGAACAGUUCAGAAAAAACAUUGUGCAGAUUGCGCGUGGAAGGGUCGAACCUCAAAGUGUGUAGACUCAUUGACUAUGCCGAGAAUACAUAUUGUGACUGUGUGGUGACCAAAGUUGGCUAUUAUAGGAGCGUUCAUGUCAACAUGACCAAACCUGUGGAUGCCAUGGAUAUGUUUAAUCUCUACCACAUUGUCUGGUACGACGCUGAACAGAGUGAAAAACUAAUAGGGUCAAAGCCAGUAUGGAGCUCGCCCUGGAAAGUCAAAGGCCUCAUAUACCAAUCAGUGGAGAAAUGUCGAAGAAGUAGCAACCCUCGCAAUUUGAUUAGAUAUCAAUCUAAAUCAGGUGCUACCCUAGUGUCUCCACACCAGAGAUUACCAUUAGGUCUGCUACUUCAGACGUGCACAUUACUUGUGACAAUAGCAGGAGUCUUGUGAGACACAAGCCAGAUCCAGGCAAGAGGAAUUACAUUUUCAAGAGCAUUCUCCCGAAAGACUCUUCUGACGACUUCCAGAAAUGCAUAUCAUUAUCCAAAGAAAUUAGCCUACUGCCUAAAGAACUCCAAGAACUAUAAAGGAAAGUGUUCUCUGAUUGGUCAUAUUUUAUAUUCUUUAAAAUGUCAAUUUACCUUGAUAUUAUGUUUGUAAAUAUAAUUUUUAAAAUUAUUUUUUUUAAUAUCAAUGCAUCUACCCAACUUUGCUUGAUAUGAAAGAAAUGUUUAGUUAGCACAUUGAAAAGGAUGUAGACAAUUAAAGAAUCCAGUUUUUCACCACUUCGUUAGUGCAUCCAUUGUUGUUUAC